AUGGCGUCUGAGAUUCGAGAAUUUCUUGAGAAAAACAACCUCUCUCAAUACUUCGACAACUUUAUAGAUCAAGGUUAUGAUGAUAUGGAUCAAAUACUUUCAAUGGCCAGCAACCCCUUAGAGCUUAAUAGCCUGAUGAAAGAUGUCGCUAUGUUUGAAAAACCCGGACCCAAAAAAAGGUUCUUUGGGGCUGUCCAAAUAUUGGCCUCGAAAGUUGAGCAUAGGGGAGCAGUGGAAAGCCCAGAAACUGGGCUGAAUGUGUCUGAAAGUAACCAAGGAAGUGCUAAUGAUGUAUCUAUUUGUGAGUAUCAAAAUUCAAGGCCUGGUAUUAUUAUUAUCACUACUAUGUUAUCUUAG